AUGGCUACCCUCAUAGCUCCUGACCACUCUUCACCUUUGGAAGAUGCAGAGGCUCUCAGGAAGGCUUGCCAAGGAUUUGGAACAGAUGAGAAGGCCAUAAUCUCAAUACUUGGGCAAAGAAAUGCUGUUCAAAGGAAGCUAAUCAGGCAAACUUACGAGGAGCUUUAUCAAGAGGAUCUCAUCAAGUGCCUUCAGUAUGAACUUUCUGGGGACCUGGAGAAAGCUGUGUACCGGUGGAUGCUUGAUCCUGCUGACCGAGAUGCAGUCUUAGCUAAUGUGGCAUCGAGUUAUUCAAUACCUGACUACAGAGUGAUAGCUGAAAUUGGAUGUGUUCGUUCUCCUGAUGAGCUUUGGGCAAUGAAAAAGGCGUACCAUUUGCGAUACCGGCGUUCCCUGGAAGAAGAUGUCGCCUCCCAUACGGAAGGCGAUUUUCGUAAGGCGAUGGACUCUAUGACCUAUACAUUGUGGAUGAUUUGUUUUUCAACCUAUCAUUGGUGUAGUGUGCUGAUUCUUUCUUACAUUACCCUUGAUUAUUUAUGCAAUUGCUACUUAUUAUUCCCUAUUUCAUGUUUUGUUUUACAGCUUUUGGUUGCUUUAGUGGGUACCUAUAGGUAUGAUGGUGAUGAGAUAAAUGAGAGCUUAGCCCAGACAGAGGCUGGUAUCCUUCAUGAUGUGAUCCAAGAGAAGGCCUUUAAUCAUGAAGAGAGAGUUAGAAUUUUGGGCACAAGGAGUAAAGCACAGCUCACUGCAACAUUCAUAAGCUACAAGGAUGAACAUGGCACUGCCAUCACCAAGAGCCUAUUGGGUGAUCCUGCUGAUGAGUUCUUAGCUACAUUGCGCACUGCUAUCAGAUGCAUCUAUGAUCCUCAUAAGUACUUUGAGAAGGUGUUGCGAAAGGUGGGGACCGACGAAGACGCACUCACACGUGUGAUUGUUACGCGUGCAGAGAAGGAUUUGAAGGACAUCAAGGAGCUGUAUUACAAGAGAAACAAUAUAACUCUUGAGCAUGCCAUAGAUAAGGAACUGAAGUGCAUUAGCUGUCCUCUUCCAAUAUGUAUCCAAUAUAGCUUCAGGCUGUGUUUGGUGUGGAAAGUUCUAGCUCUGAGUCUAGUUAGUCUUAUUGAUGGAAACUUGUUUGUUUGAAUCAUUCUCUGGUUUAUAGUAGUAAUAUUGUAGUAAUUCUUUGGCACUACAACCUCUCUAGUUU